AUGCCCGAGCGGCCCUUGACCAUCGCAACCUACGCAGCCGGCGCAUCCCUCGCAGCAGUCACCCUCGUCUACGUUUUCGGACCGACCUUUUUCCUCGACGACGAAGCCUCAAAUAGUUCCCGCGCGACCCGUAAGAAGGGCGUCGUCGGACUCGCCAACCCCGCAAACGACUGCUUCAUAAACAGCGUGCUGCAAGCUCUCGCCGGUCUGCCUGAACUACGAGCCUACCUAAUCCGAGAGGUACAUCGAAGAUCACUGGAUGGGCCGGAAUUGUACCUGGACCUGACGGCCGCGGAGGAGGAGGCACAGAAGAAUCGGAAGAGUCGAGAGAUCCCAGAUUGGAAAGUGGUCGGACAACAGCAGGGUUUGGUGACGAAUGCGCUGAAGGAAGUGCUGGAUGCGUUGAACGAACGGCCGAUUUAUAAGAAGACGAUCUCAGCGCAGGGGUUUAUUCGGGCGGUGGAGGGGGCGUUUCGCACGAGGAUUUCGCGGUCGCAACAGGAUGCGCAGGAGUUUUUGCAGGUUGUUGUGGAGAGGUUGGCGGAGGAACAUGCUGCUGGGAGGAGGGUGAGGAGGAAAGCUAGACAGGUGGCAGCGGAAGAGGAGGGGGAUGUGCCACACAGUAAUGGAGACACAGAGGGACCUUCGAAGGAGGAGGACGACAGCGACGACUCGGAGACGGUGAACCCACUGGAAGGCAAGCUGGAAUCUCAAGUCGAAUGCUCGCAUUGCCAAUUCAAACCGAAACCCUCGAUAUCCUCAUUCCUGACAUUAACCCUCAACGUCCCUCACGACUCCACCUCCAGCACUCUAGCCGUCUGCUUCGACCAACUCCUCAAAGUCGAACACAUCGACGACUUCAAAUGCGAUCGCUGUCGCCUCGACUUCGCCCUCCAACAACUCUCCCAAACCCUCUCCCGACCUUCCCUCACCCCAUCCGAACGCGCCCUCCACCUCAAACACCAAUCCCUCAUCCAACAAGCCAUCGCCACAGACCCGGAGAAACCCCCAAAAGACGUCCCCCUCCCCUCCCUCUCCGCGACCCCAAACCGCCGAAUCGCCAAACACGUCCGCAUCUCCGCCUUCCCCAAAAUCCUCACCCUCCACCUCUCCCGCUCCGUCUGGGAUCCUUCCUCUGCAUCUUCCAAAAACUCGGCCAAAGUCCCAUUCCCGGAAACCCUCCCGCUCGGCGGCCUCCUCCAACGAAAAACCUACCGUCUCCUCGGCGUCGUCACACAUAAAGGCGGGCAUAAUUCCGGUCACUAUGAGAGUUUUCGACGACAACAUUUACCGAAGCCGUACUCGACGAAAGUCAGUCUCGGCACGGAGGGGAUUUAUAGUCGUAAGAAUUCUCCGGUGCCGAGUCCGAGAGGGAGUGCGGGGAAUAGUCCGAGAUUGGGUGGGACGUCGGAGAGUGCGGAGACGGGACGGGGUGGGAGGGGGGAGGGGAGUGAUGCGGAAGAGUCGACUGAUUUGACGGAGUUGUCGACCGGGACCUCGACUUCCUCUUCGUCGGAGCCGGAGGGCGAGGGAGACGGUGCGGCACCACCGGUGAAGAGGCGCAACUCGAUGCGGGACGCACUACGGAGGAAGGGAAAGGGUUCAAAUGGUGGGUAUGGGAGUGAGAGAUGGUGGAGGAUUUCGGAUGAAAAGGUCAAGGAGUGUAAGACGGGGGAUGUGCUGGGGAUGCAGAGGGAGGUUUAUUUGUUGUUUUAUGAGAGGGUUGAAUGA